AUGGCGAACCAUUCAAAGCCAGCCAUGAUGACGGUCGGAGCACACCUGAGUAUCUUCGUUCUAAUAUUAAAAGUCCAAGUUUUAUGCGCGAUUCCACCACAGAUCGUCCCAUUUAAACUACCUGAUGAUCUGGAAGAGGGUCAGCGAUUAAUAAUAACCUGCGCCAUUAGAAAAGGAACCCCUCCAUUUGUCUUUUUCUGGCAGAAAAAUGGACGUCCUCUAGCAGAAACUAACGGAACCCGAAUUGUCCAUAACGACGACUAUCAAGAGACACUUAAAAUUCAAACACUUGGCGGCGACGACGUUGCUAAUUAUACGUGUGCAGUAGAAAACGCGUUCGGCUCCGAUCAGAUAUCGGUAGCUGUGCUGCUUAAAUUUAAACCUCGGUGGAAUGUACCCGGCAAAGAGAACAGUGUCAUCACCGGCGUAGCCGGUGACAGCAUUAUGUUUGAUUGUUCAGCUAUAGGAUAUCCAACUCCCGCUAUACGAAUAUUCAAGGGCAAUCUGGAUCUCACCAAGUCGAAAAGAAUUGAGAUUCUUCCAUCCGGUUUAAUCCGACUGAAUUCGUUCUCGUCUAAAGACGGAGGCAACCUGUUUUGUGAAGCCGAAAACUCCAUUGGUGUUAUUCGAAAAUCAGCAAUUUUAGUCUUUACCGAAAAUCUUGAAAAAGAUCAACGAUUAGCAGUGACAUGCACGGUCGCCAAAGGAAGUCUUCCUAUAGCGUUUACUUGGAGAAAGGAUGAUGAAUUUCUUAACCAAAAUGAUGAUUUAAAGCUUGUCCACAACGAUGAUUAUCAAGAGACACUGCAGAUUUCUAAACUAGAUGGCAUUCAUGUCGGAAACUAUACUUGUGCAGUGAAGAAUGCUUUUGGCUCUGAUCAGAUGGCUGUCGCCGUAGUUCUCAAAUUCAAGCCGCAAUGGAAAACUAGCCCCACUGAAGCAGGCCAUAUUGUUGCAGCAGUAAUUGGGACAAAUAUUGAGCUAGACUGCAUCACCACAGGUCAUCCAACACCAACAAUUAGGGUGUUUUCAGACCGUGAGGAAAUUACCCAGUUAUCGAGGGUAAACAUCACUCGAAACGGCUUAAUUCGCAUCUCAUCGUUAGCCCUACAGGAUAAGGGCAAAAUCACCUGUGAAGCGCAAAAUGCUCUUGGAGCCAUUCGGAAGUCUUUCCAAAUCGCACUUACUGGGAACUACACAUGCAGUGCAAAAAAUGCUUUUGGAUCAGAUCAGACUUCGGUGUCUGUAGUGCUUAAAUACAGACCUCGUUGGAUAACAGAGAGCUCUGGUAGAAUUUCAGCGGCAAUCGGUGAGGACGUUACUAUAGAUUGUAAGGCUCUUGGGCAUCCAUUACCAACGGUCCGUAUCGUUAAAGGUGACUCUGAGGUGAAAACUACACCAAGGCUGCUUGUGGAUGCCGGACUGAUUCGAAUCAAGGAGGUUCAACAGCUAGAUGCAGGGGAAUUUUUCUGUGAAGCAUCGAACUCAAUCGGAAAGGUUUCUAAAAUGGUUCAGCUUGUAUUAACAGGUCCCCCUGAAAUUAUCCCAUUUCGUGUACCCAACGGUUUGACCGAAGGUAAACGCCUCACUCUAAUGUGUUCAGUAAGCGCUGGAACUCCACCGAUAUCCUAUUCCUGGCUUAAAGAUAGUUCCGCUGUUGGAACCCUGCCUAAUGUUCGAAUUGUACAUACUGACGAGUACCAAGAUAAUCUGCAAAUCGAAAAACUCGGUGCUGAGCACGUUGGAAACUACACAUGCAAUGCGAAAAAUCUCUAUGGAUCUGACCAAAUGACCGUACAAAUUAUGAUAAAAGUUUCUCCUCGAUGGACUGUAAAUAAUAAUAUCAAGGAUGUAAGAAGCGUGGCAGGCAAUAAUUUCUCUAUAGACUGCAGGGUUACGGCUCACCCGGCAGCAGUAGUCACAUUUUAUAAAGUUUGCGUGAAAAUCAUACAUUUUGAUGAUUUUCAAGAUGUGCUUCAAAUAGAGAAGCUUAGCUCAGAUCACGUUGACAACUAUACUUGUGUCGCUAAAAACACGUACGGUCCCGACCGUAUGUUAGUGUCAGUAAUUCUAAAGGUUGCAUCCCGGUGGACCUCGGGUGCAACAAACAUCCCUAUGAAGAUUAUCGCGAUAUCGGGAGAAACCGUUAGUUCGGGCUGUCGCGCCCAUUGUGGCCUUUUUGAAAGGUGAAAUUGAAUUGGUAGCGAAUACUCGAAUUCGCUUUGCAUCUUGAGUUUUAAUAGUCAACGAGGUUUCACCUCUUGAUAAGGACGAUUACGCUUGCGAAGCUCAUAACACUCUUGGGAAAAUAUCCAGAACAAUCAACAUCAUACUCAGCAAUAACAACGCCAGACAAACGCUGUUUGGUUACUACAACAUGACUCUACAGUUCCAAAAGUAAUCAAAAACCGCUCCGUUUUCAUAAAUGCUGACUGAGCAAAAAUCCCUCACUUCCACGUGUACGCGCGCUAUUUUUUCGGAGCAGACAGUUUAAGGUUGCAAUACAUUUACUAAUAAAGCCAAAAUUUUUUCUUGCAUAU